AUGGAUAUUCCAAAUUAUGAUUUCAAUGAAGACGAAAAUACAAACUUCAAACAGCUAUACAAGUACAUGCCCAAAUCCAAUUUUAGGAUGCUAAUUUGUGGCAAUUCAGGAUCGGGUAAAACAAACUUGCUUUAUCACAUCCUUAUGAAACCAUUAGUCUACUUUGACCAGAUCCAUUUAUAUGGCAAAAAUCUGGAACAGGAAAAAUAUAGACACAUGAUAGAAACAAUGAAUGACAUUAGUAGCCAGGUUGGAUAUGAUAUAAUACAUUGCAAUAAUGACGACAUUAAACCUGUCAAUAGUCUGGAGAGCGAUGCCCAGAAAAUUGUAAUAUUUGAUGACUUCAUUUGUGAUAAAAACCAAAAGCCGCUUAUCGAUUAUUUCAUUCAAGGCCGUCAUAAGAAUUGCAGUGUUAUUUACCUUUCACAAUCAUUUUAUAAAACACCAAAAGAUAUCAGAUUGAACUGCAGUCAUUAUGUUAUUUAUGAUUUCCCGAGCAGUAAUGAGAGAAAUAUGAUCUCUAGAGAGUUGAAUGUAACAAAGGAUCAGUAUAUUAAAGCAACAAAACAGCCCUAUUCAUUCCUGUAUGUGGAUAAACCAAUGAAGACUGUCAAAAGAAACUUUUAUGGAAAUAUAUAAUGUAUUAUCCUUUCAGAUAAUAAAAUAACCAAUAAUAUAUGAAGGUACAUUUGAAAUUUAAAAGUCUCCAAUAUGCUCUAAUGGCAACUGAAUUGUUGUAUGACCUCCAUCCUGUAAUAUUGAAAGAUAUGCUAGAUAUGAAACGGGCUCUUGGUUCAAUUCUUGGACAAAUUAUCCAACCAAAUCAAAUNUUUACCUUUCACAAUCAUUUUAUAAAACACCAAAAGAUAUCAGAUUGAACUGCAGUCAUUAUGUUAUUUAUGAUUUCCCGAGCAGUAAUGAGAGAAAUAUGAUCUCUAGAGAGUUGAAUGUAACAAAGGAUCAGUAUAUUAAAGCAACAAAACAGCCCUAUUCAUUCCUGUAUGUGGAUAAACCAAUGAAGACUGUCAAAAGAAACUUUUAUGGAAAUAUAUAAUGUAUUAUCCUUUCAGAUAAUAAAAUAACCAAUAAUAUAUGAAGGUACAUUUGAAAUUUAAAAGUCUCCAAUAUGCUCUAAUGGCAACUGAAUUGUUGUAUGACCUCCAUCCUGUAAUAUUGAAAGAUAUGCUAGAUAUGAAACGGGCUCUUGGUUCAAUUCUUGGACAAAUUAUCCAACCAAAUCAAAUAACCUACGAGCAAAGAGAACAGCUUACCAAAUUAAUAUAAUCUAUUUAUAUGGAAGUAUAUCUUGAAAUUGAAGAUGUCAAAUAUGGUAGAAUGAUUGCUGAAUUAUUUGAAAAUCUAUCAGAGGGUUGUUUAUAUGAACUUCUUAAUCACAAACAUGAAUCUUUAGAACAAGCUCGGAUUAUUGGCAGAGUUAUUGGGAUGGAUGAUCCAAUUACUAAUGAAGAAGCCAAGCUGUUAAAAGCAAAUGGAUUUUGUGUAAGAGAUGAAAGUAUCUAAUAUAUUAUUAUAAAAUGGGAAUUUUUAAUCAGCAACCUAAUUAUAAUCAAUCAUAUUCAAAAGGAAAACGCGGAAUUACUGGCCCUCAAGGACCUCCUGGCCCGCCUGGCCCGUCUGGCCCUGCUGGUGCUCAGGGUAACCAAGGUCCAAAAGGUGAUCAGGGUAACCAAGGACCCAAAGGUGCUACUGGUGCAUCAGGCACUGGUUUUAAUCUCACAUCAGAUGGGAAUUAUGAUAUGGCAUACAAAAAACUGACAAGUGUGGCUAAAGGAACUGCUUCCAGUGAUGUCGUAAUAAAAAGUCAACUUGAUACUAAACUAUCACUUUCUGGUGGAUUAAUGACUGGCAAUUUGUAUAUGAAUAAUAAUACGAUUUGUAAUGUAGCACAACCAAAUGGUGAUAAUCAACCAGCUACAAAAAUAUGGUCAGAAAAUAAAUUCCUGGAUAAGUCCAGUGGAGUAAUGGCUGGACCACUAAACAUGUCCAAUAAUAAAAUCACUCAUCUUGCUAAUCCCACAUCCGAUAAGGAUGCUCUAUCCCGUGUUUUCGGUGAUGGACGGUAUGUAUUAAAGGGUGGAGAUACAAUGACUGGUGAUUUAGCAUUAGGUGACAAUUAUAUAACUGGAUUGAAAUCAAAACAAACAGAUUAUGAUACAAAUCAACCCAAUCUGCAACAAGAAAAAAAUUGA